UGGCAGACGAUGGACAAGACUGUGCACGAAUUUGAAGAAGACAAGGUACAGGACUGUAAAGAGGACAUCGACACCCUCUUGGUAUUCACCGGUCUGUACUCGGCCGUCCUAUCAGCAUUCGUCAUCGAGUCCUAUACCGACCUCCAGCCUGACCCGAACGCUCAGAUGACCUUCCUACUCGAGCGCAUCGCAAAUCAGACCCAGAGCUACACCAUAACGUCUGGGACCCUCAAAUCUAUCGCUCAACCGCCGCAACCUCCUCCCCAGUUCACCGCUCCGCUGUGGGCCGUCCGUGUGAACGCUCUAUGGUUCGCGAGUCUCAUUGUCAGCCUCGCGACAGCAUCAUUCAGCAUGCUGGUCAAGCAGUGGCUGCGCGAGUACCUCGCAUUCGAGUACACCUCUCCGCAAGAGCGCCUCCGUGCACGGCAGUACCGUAAGCCAGGACUUGGGAAAUGGAAGGUCUUCGAGAUCGCGGCUGUACUCCCCAUGCUACUCCAGCUGUCUCUCGGCCUAUUCUUCACCGGCCUU